AUGAAGAACGAGGCAAUGGUGAAGUCAAUGAUUUACGAUGGUAUCGAUGUGAAUUACACCGACUCGAUAGGCAGCACACCUUUACAUUAUGCCGCUUUUACUGGAGAUGUAAAAUUAUCGCUUAUGUUGUUAGAAACUGGUGCGGACAUGGAUGCUCAAGAUAACUUCGGCUUGACACCGCUCCAUAGAGCCAUUGCUGCUUUACAUUAUGAUGUUGCCAAGAUGCUUAUCAGUAAAGGUUAGUU